AUAUAUAGGUCUCUACCAACAAGGAAACGAUAUAACUUGUCUACGAACAUUUAGAAAUAAUAACUUCAUUCUGAAAUUUUGGAGGAAAACACACACACACACACAAAAUGGGGUCACUUUUGGGUGAUUUUGAAGAAGAAUUACAAGAAGUGAGGGACACUUUCAAUAGUGGGAAGACAAGAGAAAUCUCCUGGAGGAAGUCACAACUACAAGCCAUACUCUCUCUUCUCAAAGAGAGAGAAAGUGAUAUUUUCAAGGCUCUUAAUCAAGAUUUGGGCAAACAUCAUGUUGAAGCCUUUAGAGAUGAGAUCGGAACAGUGGCAAAAUCUGCUAAGUAUGCCCUUGGAAACUUAAACAAAUGGACGGCUAGCAAAAAGGUUAAACUGCCACUGGCUGCUUUCCCUAGUACAGCGAAAUUGGUUCAUGAACCCCUUGGUGUUGUCCUCAUCAUAUCAUCUUGGAAUUUUCCAUUUGGGUUAUCAUUUGAACCAAUUAUCGGCGCAAUAGCAGCAGGAAAUACAAUAAUCCUAAAGCCUUCAGAACUUGCUCCAGCUUGUUCCUCAGUUCUCGUUAAGACAAUCCAUGAUUACCUUGAUAAAUCUGCUAUUAAGGUUGUCGAAGGUGGAGCCUCUGUCGGUGAAAAACUUCUUCAACAUAAUUUUGAUAAGAUUUUCUUCACAGGGGGUGGAAGAGUGGCCCAAAUUGUUAUGGCAGCAGCUGCAAAGAAUCUAACUCCUGUGACUUUGGAGUUGGGUGGAAAAUGCCCUGCUGUGGUUGAUUUCAUCUCUAGUACAUGGGAUAGAAAGAUUGCAAUGAAAAGAAUUAUUUGGGGUAAAUUUGGAGCGUGUGGUGGGCAAGCUUGUAUUGGAAUUGACUAUAUUCUCACACAGAAGAAAUUCGCACCAACUUUGGUGGAAUUGUUGAAAAAAUACAUCAUGAAAUCUUUCGGAGACAAUCCAAUGGAAUCUAACAGCAUUGCUAAGAUUAUAAACAAUAAACACUUCUUAAGAUUGAAGGGACUUCUAGAUGAACCUCUUGUAAAAUCUUCUAUCGUUUUUGGUGGUUCAUCAAACGAAGAAAAACUAUUUAUUGAGCCGACAAUAUUGCUUGAUCCUCCACUUGAUUCUGCCAUCAUGACAGAAGAAAUCUUUGGUCCAUUGCUUCCAAUUAUCACAUUGGAGAAUAUUGAAGAUAGUGUUGCGUUUAUAAGAGCAAGGCCAAAACCACUUUCUGUUUAUGGCUUCACAAAUAAUGAAAAACUUCAAAAAAGGAUGAUUUCUGAAACAUCAUCGGGCAGCAUUACAUUUAAUGAUGCCAUCAUUCAAUAUGCUGUUGACACGCUGCCAUUUGGCGGAGUUGGCGGAAGUGGGUUUGGAAGAUACCAUGGAAAAUACUCGUUUGAAAAUUUCAGUCAUCAGAAGGGAGUGAUGAUGAGAGGAUAUCUUAUUGAUUUUGGGUUUAGAUAUCCUCCAUGGAACAAUAAAAAAUUACAACUGCUUAAAUCAGGGUUGCGAUCUUUACAAGAAGCAUUGCUGCAUAACUCAAAAUAUGCACAAAUCUUUUUAGGUUAG